AUUUUGGGGACGGUGUCAGUUUCCACUGAGCCAUCAGCGCAGCAUUUUUCAAACGGCCAAUUUCAGACCGAAGCUCUCACGGAACGUAGUCUUCCAUGCUCAUUCUGGCAAAGAAAGGACAUCAUCAUUCGCGUCUCUAAACCAUCCACUAUCCCCAAGUGCAGACUGGGGGAGAAGAGAGGAUUUUUCAUUACGAAAAUGAGCUCCGGUCUGGCUUACCCUUAUUGCAAUUGACAGCGUCUGCAGCUCUUUUCAAGAUGGCCGCUUGGCUCGCAUUCAUUUUCUGCUGAUCGACUUCUAACUUUCAUUGUCUGAACACCUUCAGUUUUCACGACCCGCACCACAGCUAACUGGUAGGCUGUUUUGUAAGGCUAUGCAAAUAUGCAUCGGACCACAAGAAUCAAGAUUACUGAGCUCAACCCUCAUUUAAUGUGUGUGCUUUGUGGUGGAUAUUUCAUAGAUGCUACAACCAUCAUUGAAUGCUUGCAUUCAUUCUGUAAAAUGUGCAUUGUUCGUUAUCUGGAGACCAGCAAGUACUGCCCAAUAUGUGAUGUCCAGGUUCAUAAGACAAAGCCUCUUCUGAAUAUUCGGUCUGACAAAACACUGCAAGAUAUUGUGUACAAGUUGGUGCCUGGACUCUUCAAAAAUGAGAUGAAGAGGAGGAGAGAUUUCUAUGCUGCACAUCCUUCAGUAGAUGCUACCAACGGGUCAAACGAGGACCGCGGAGAAGUGUCCGAUGAAGACAAGAGAAUAAUCACAGAUGACGAGAUCAUCAGUCUCUCCAUUGAGUUCUUCAAUCCCAAGGCCAGAAUAGCGAGCGGCGUGGAGGAUCGAGGAGUCCAAGAAGAGGUGAAUAAUAAGAGGUAUUUGCAGUGUCCAGCUGCAAUGACAGUUAUGCAUCUGAGGAAGUUCCUCAGAAGCAAGAUGGACAUACCAUGUACUUUUCAGGUUGAAGUGAUGUAUGAAGAUGAGCCACUGAAAGAUUACUACACGCUAAUGGACAUCGCCUACAUAUACACAUGGAGGAGGAACGGGCCCCUGCCGUUAAAGUACCGUGUUCGACCCAACUGCAAGAAGAUGAAGAUCAGUCACCCCCAGGACGGACCCAACAGUGCCGGUCGGUCUGAGAGCGACUCGGCCAGCGACAAAGCUAGCAGUCCGGCCGCAGCUGUGCCCUCCACGUCCUCCCCCCUCCCCAGCCCCGGCCCGUGCCCCAGUGCCAUCCCCAACCCCCACCCGAGCGCCAGCCCCAACCCCGGGUCCAGCACCCCGGCCCCCUCCUCCCAGGCUGCGCAUGCUCCGUUCCCCCACAUCUCCAACAGCAUCAAUGGCUCUUCCCUCGCCUGCGCUCCCAGUCGACAGUAUUCCUUUGGAAACAAAGUGCGGAAAGGUUCCCUCAACGGCUCCUCUACGUCAUCAGGAUGACCUCAUACAUGAACUGCCCCCCCACACUCCAACACACACCAACUCUGCCCUGCCAACACCAGCCCCCCUGUCCUUCAUCAUGCCUGUGCAGUUCCAUUGUGGAUGUUCUUCUCACUCUUUGGUUGUUGUCAUUUGUAUAUGACUAUGUAAGACUUGUAUGUUGAUUUGUAUGUAGUGAGUGCAAGACAUUUCAUCUGGAAUGUUGCUGGAAUUUUUUUUUUUAUUUCAAUGUUGGCUUGAAGACUUUGCCCAUGAAAGGCGUUCAUUUAAAUUGUUGGAAUAAUGCUGUACUCAUAACAAAAAGUAUGAGAACUCUUUACAUAAAUGACUGAAGAAUAACCUUUUUAUAUAUUUUUACUUUUUGGUCUUGAUUUUUUUCCUAAAGCUGAAAUCAAAAUGUUGUCUGCCUGUACUGAGUGUGUAUUUCAAACUCCAUUGUUCAUGAGAAGCAUGAGACACUUAGAUUAGGCUGCAUUUGAAUUUAGUUUGCGUAUUUAAACAUUCCAGAUUAAUUUGGCCUGCAUUUUUAAAAGUGCCAUUGAUACUCAAAGUUUUUACAUUAACAAUAGUAAGGUCUGAUUGGGGACCUAGCCCUCAAAGAUGUUGAAAAGAGUCCUUAUCUGUCUGGAAGUUUGGACUGUGAAAAGGGUUACACUUAUCUAUAAUUUGCUGUCUGUUCUUCAGCAGGAUGGCAUAUUUCAUGUGUAAAAUAUAAAGACAGAAGUUCAGUUUCAGAGGUCAACCUCUACAACCAUGUAUAUAGUUAAAUGCAUAUUUAAUAAGCAUUGACAUCUAAUGUUGAAAGUGUGAGAAGUGUGCAGCAGAGGACGCCGCGAUGAAGCUCGGGACCCAUCCUCCAUCUGGCUGUUUUGAUGUCUUCAGUGUUCAACAUAGCCUAUUUGGAUCAGUCAAUUGUAUGGACAACUGUUGUAUUGUGACUGUUGCACAGUAUAAAAACGUCUAAAUAAAACAUUUUACGCUUUGACUACGUA